AUGGACCCUUUGAUCGACAGCGAGACACAUCGCUGGGAUGACCAUAAAUCAGUCAAGAAGAAGCUCCUCGAAACAAAACAACUCCAAUCUGAAAUCGUGGAAAUAAUACGCUCUCACCAGACACGAGCUCCCGAAGUGGAAGAAAAACAAGAACAACUGAAAUUUUCAUUUGCAGUCAUCGCAGUCAUGGAACAUCUUGGGAACAGAAACUUUAAACAGGCUGAAAAAGAGGCUCUCGAGGCCCUUAGGAUUGCUCAGAGCUUGGAGGAAGAAAUUUCUGUCGCGCGGGGCCAUUACUGGCUUGGGCGCAUCGAUUUUGAGAAGGGCAACCUAAAAUCAGCUUAUUCUCACUUUAUGGCUGCAAGACCUUGCGUCAUGAAUGACGAGUGUCCAGAAGGCCAGACCCUUCAGUUCUAUUUGGGUCUUUCCAAGAAGGGAAUCAGUGAAAGCUAUCGACGACGUGUGUUGCUUGAAUAUAGUCGAGCUGUUCUUGAUGGCUAUAAUCGCACUCCCCUUGGAGAUUCUGGACAGCAGGAACCAUCCGAAAAAUCCACCUGCUCUUCGACAAAGAGAAAACGCGAGUCGAGUUCAUACAAGUUGGUUCUGCGACCUGUCUCCUAUCAGCUCUCCUCAGAUCUGUCAAAGCAACAAGCCAGACGAAGCAAAGAAAAGACUACAAAGCAAACAAAAGUAUGGGAGACACGCGACAACGAUGAAUUUUUCCCUCAUCGCCAGAACACAGAUAUCCUUGAGAAUCAGCAGACAGAGCAGCUUUCGGCCACGGAAGAUAGCCAAAUGGGGCCGAAAAGUACGGAUCGGGUUGCUCCCACCAACGCCAGACCUCGUGUGCCGCAAAGCCAGUUCACCCUUCGUUGCUGGCCAAAGGGAAUCACAUCUCGGACGCGUCCUACGGAGAUAUUUACGACACAAUUCCCGGGUGAAGAUGUCUUAUCUGUAGAGGACUGGGAUGUGGUACGGCAGUUCAUGAAAGAUCGACCAGUCACCUUGAGUUAUCUUGCUAGAGAGAGGCAAAACACAUUCAAAGAUUAA